AUGAAGGAGGCGGAGCACCAGUAUACUUGGGCAACUCAGUUGCACGACGAAAACGAUCACGUGGGCGCAUUUCGCCAAUUCAAGCUGAGCGCGGACCAGGGCUUUGCGCUGGCCGUAUUUGCCGUCGGCACCUACUACGAGGGGGGACUAGGCGGCGUGGACCUGGAUAUCGACGAGGCAAAACGCUGGUACGCGCGUUCUGAUACUGAGGCGGCCAAAUCUGCCCUCGCGGCCCUCGAGGACAAGGGCAAGAGCAAGACGCACUGGGAUGCUGCAAUAUGGGCUCUUAUUAGUCUUAGGGCUCGAGGCUGGCGAUUGCGACUUUGUGGCGAGCUCGCCUCUGGUCGAGUGCUGCGCAUGCGCGCACUGCAUGGCGAUGCAGUGCGCAUGCGCGCGGCCAGCGGACGCGCAAGCGAUGCCUCGCCUGGCUCAACGGUACACGCCCCGAGGAGGCUCUCCUCUGCGUUUUCCCUCGUGAGAGGUCUUUUCCGCGCGGUUUCUCGAAAAAGAGUUUCCGCAAAUCUACGCGCGUCGUCACUCCACGACGCGCAAGCUCACGUCGCCUGCCCUGAGGUUGGCCUUCGGGUCUGGGCAGAGUGCGCGACGUCCCGAGAGGCUCCGGGCGUUGGGCUCCCCGCCGGACUGGGGUCAGCAGCCCCGCCUGCUGCCCUGGCCGCGAAACCCCGUUCGGUCGACCGAGCGGGGGGACGCGGCAGGUCCGGAGGCUUACCCGGCGUCAGACGGCCACGAGGCAGCGAGAGCGCUGGACCAGCGCGCUCUUUGGGGUUCCUCACCCCGGACGCGACGCGCCUAGGCGCUCCUCCCAGCGAGAGUCCGGUUCCCCCGUGGGUCUCGGCUAGGCCCGGGCUAGCAGUAAGCGACUCCAGGCCAGGGCCCCCCCCCACACGAUUAUUGAGCGCUCGAAUCAUGUCUUGGACAAAAGCCGACGGCGAUGCCCAUAGCGACUUGGCGCACACACUAUUUUUAUCCAGCAAAACUGUCGCCAGUACCUUUCCAGAAGUGGCGCGUGCAGACGAAGCGACUAACUGGCGGGAUGCCGUCUUCGAAGUAGUUGCGCCGAUGACUUUUAUAAGGCUCCUCGACGAGGAACUUUUGGGAUUGGCGGGUCUGAUAAACACGGUUACUUUCGUGAAGCGGAUGAAAAAAUUGAACACGGAUCUAGUAUACAGGCAACGCAAGUAUAAUUUGUUGCACGAAGAGAGCGAAGGAUACUCAAAGGUUACGCCCCGUGCCUUGGAUUUGAGUUCGGGAAGGGUUACGACAAUGCUAGCGCCAGCGCAUUUCAUGCUUUCACGGCUCCGGAGGGGCACAUCUUUGAUGGGGGCCGCACAGACACUUCGAGCUCUUAUUGGAGGCUUCGAUCUAGACCCAAAUCGCGUUUUGGACAUAGUGCUUGAGUCUCUCGAGCGCGACUGCGGCAGCUCCUCUGAAGUUAUUGAGGCCCAUCUCAACCUUGCUCAGCAACUCUCGCUGAAUGAAUCAUUUCCACACAUUCUGGGUUUCAAAUUUCAGCACUAUCACAAACAAUCGGCCACGCCACGAUCUCUUUGUCGUCUUGCAGUUAUGCUUCUUAGUGCGAAUGUGAUAAGCAUUGAAGCGCUCCUGCCGCAUCUUGCCCCAUCAUUGGGAACCCUUGCAGAUGAUGCGAAACAGUUUGGUGAACAGACAGACAAAGAAGCAGGCUGCUUUGGUGUCAUCUCGCUUGGUGGCUCUGGAGAAAAAUCUGAUCUGGGCAUGCAGCGCAGCAGAAUUCAUGCUGCAUCGAAGGUACAUGAAGAUUCAAACGACGUAUCGACUCAGAUUUUUGGUAUCGUGGAAGCCCUCUUGUGGGAUCAACGUUGGCAUCUUGCUGAACCCCUUCUUUCACGCAUGGAGCGAGGAGGUGCGCUUCCUGGUAGCUAUCCCGGAUGUCAGCAAGCGCUCUAUAGCCUAGCACAUUUUGUGCUAGAACCUGUAUACAUCGUGUUUUCUCCACGGUCGUUUGGUGUUGCAUCGCGCUGGUCAGGAGCGAUUCGAAGUUCUGAUUUAGUCAAAGCCGUGAAUCCACGAUACACGCGGCGACUUGAACAAUCAGAUAUAGCAUUGUUGCCGCAGCUUCUCUUGGUCCUGGAGCCGCUUUGCUAUCACCUUCACGUCUACACAGCAUUUGACGCGUCACUCGUGACCAAGCUUGCACGUGUCCUCAAGCACUUGCUCCAGCCGUGCUGGCGUGGAACUGACGAAUCAUUGGUCGCAAGACGGCUUCUAGAGCACGUCUUGCUACCCACACUAUCACUUAUGCCGGGCAACCCUGGCUGCGUGCUCGAGGUAUGGGCAGCGACGAGGUGUCUUCCGUACUGCGAGCGCCAUUUACUUUACAAAGCUUGGCGUGGUCGCGGUGUUGAUCGCACUGCGAUCGGCUUGAAACACUUUGAGGUCGCGCGAGCUGAGUGCGAGGCGGGCCAUGACGCGAGACAGGCGCUGAAGCGUGUUGCAAAUGAAAAAAAAAAUGCCAAACAUGUGGGACGUGCGUUGGCAAAAACAGCUCACUCGAAUCCUUUUGUUGUCUUCCAUAUCAUCCUCUCACAGAUAGAAUCCUAUGAUAAUAUGAUUCAGCCAAUCAUAGAGUCCUUCGGCUUCAUGACGCCCCUGGCGCUGGACGUCCUCUCAUAUAUGCUUCCACUUCACCUUGCAGAUACGUCCCGUCAUAAAUUACAGGAUAAUGGUAUCCAUAUUUCUCAUUGGUUUCAGUAUCUCGCUAAUUUUACCGGUGUAUUUUAUCGCGUUUACCCACAAACUGAGCUUCGGUGUCUCAUCGAUUUUCUUCUGCUUCGCCUCAAGGCAGGUGGCUCUCACGAGCUACUUGUCUUCAAUGAACUUCUGGCGCGCAUGGGUGGUUGCGAAGUGCUCGAAGACAUAUCUGACGCUCAGCUUGGCGGUCUUGCGGGCGGCGAGGUACUCCGUCGUGAAAUAUUCGCUUUCGAGAAAGCAUCCAAACGUGCUAUUUCACGUCUGCAAGAUGCUUUGUGCACACCAGACAAGGCUGCACCAAUGCUUGCUUUAGUCGCCCAGCAGCGCGGGUAUGCGCUAUUCAAGGGAGAAAUGGAUCAUGUUAAACAGCUCGGGCAGCUCUUUGACCGAUGCCAGCGGGUUUUGGUUCAGCUAGUUGAGUUUCUCGCGCGCUCAACUGAGCGUCCGACCAACCUCGGUACCCAAGAAAAGCACUCAUACCUUGAGCUUUUGCCCGACCUACAGACUCUCUGUGGUGCGAUGUGCGUCGAGCCGCAGGUCGCUUUUCAUGCCGCACGGCCGUUGAUGGCUGCAGCAGCAGCAGCCCGACGAAAUGCCGCGAAGAAUCAGCUCGAUAUAACAGCAAAGAUCGCGCGCGGACCAGAUGGUGGUCAUCUCAGGAGGUGGGACCCAGACGACGAAACAAUGAAUGCUGCCAUGCUUGCUGUAUCGCCGGCACACGACUGGGAAGCAAUUACGAUUCAGUUCUACCUAACAUUUUGGUCGCUAUCCCUUUACGACAUAAAAGUACCUACCAAGGCCUAUGACGCGCAAAUCACUCUCCUUCGGGCAAAAUAUAAUAAUACACAGCGUGAAGUUGAGGAACCAGAGAAGCGCAAGAAGGAAAUGGCACGUUAUCUCGGAACAGUUGAAGCACUUUCAUCAGAGCUGGCUGCACAAAAAGAUCACUGCAAGCAGGCCGAAGACCAACGUCGCUCCAUCUCAGAGUCUGUGCUACAACAUUGUGUAAUGCCACGUAUCACUAUUACACCAGAAGAUUCUCUCUUCUGUGCAAGCUUUUUUCAUAAGCUCCACACGAUAGAGACGCCCAAUUUCAGCAGCCUCCAGUACUAUGAUAGAGUCGUCAAAGAUGUCUUUCCUGUUGUGUAUUGUGCAACAGAUCAUGAGGCCGGCUGUCUUGGCAUAUUCCUCAAGGCAACCUUUGAGCCAUUAAAGCGCUGGCGCUUUGAUAAACACCUCUAUGAGAAGGAAGCAGCCUCAAAGCCGGGCUUCUCUGUUGCUAUCGGCUCUCCUGCGCGCUGCUCGUACGAACAGUACUGUACGGUGUUUUUUAAAUGGUAUGACAAGAUCACCAAGAUUGCCCUUCAUUGUCUCGACCAGUAUGAGGAUCAUGGUCGAGCCUGUCUUCUUGUCCUCAUCAAACUUGACGGCGUUUACCCUGCCCGCAAACGUGUGAAUGCCCUUUUGAUGGACAAGCUAGACAUCAUCAGGAAGCAAGAAGAUAUGAAAGAUGUCCAAGCCAUGGCCCAGCGCUACCACACACUCCUCAAGAAACGGAAAGAUUCUUUAUUUGAUGAUGUUGUUAGCAAGCGUGACGUGCCCAACCCCAAAUCCCAAAAUGUUAAUGUUCCUAGCAAACGCCAAGCUGAUUCGACUGCCACAAAACAAGCCUCCCCCGACAGGAACAAGUCCAGCUCGGCUGUCUCGGACCCCAGUCAGACGAAUCUCCAAGGUGUGCAAAGCCGCUCUAUCCGUGCUACUACCAUGACUGAUUCCAAAACUACAAGAAAUGCGGGCUCACGGGGUGUUCGCAGCAAUCGAGAUGAACUUGAUGUCUCAACCUCAGUGCCUCACCGCAACCGAAUCGACACUCUCACGCACGUGCAUGGGCGCGCAGCUGAACGUGUCAGCGACCGCAAAAAGUACGCCGAAAGCCCUCUGCCAAGCACCAAGCCCCCCCCGUCGCCUUCAGGGUUUACAAAGCCGAAGUCCUCCACGCAGCGAUUGGAUCAGCAUCCAAAGCGCACACGCAACGAUGACACAAGUCUAGAGCCAAAACGUAAUCGUUCCGUUACCGCUCAAAGUAGCAAUGACCGUCCGCCUUCCAAGCGUAAUCGCGAAGAGGAGAGGCGCCGUGGUGGAGGCCGCAGGAUAUUCAAACACGGCUCCGCUGAGCGGCGACAGCAACGCCGUGGUAUGGCGGGGAUCGCGACGCUCGCGGCCGAGGCCGCCGCCGAGCACGAGCCCCCGCGCUUCCACGCCGAGGCCGCGGCCGCGCGCGAGGCGGCGGCCGAGGCGCCGCCGCCCGGCGCGGGCGACGUGCGGCUCGAGCGCUACAACGCCGCGACCCAACUCUGGCACACGCUCGCGGCCCCGGCCGCGCCGCCCGCCGCGGCGGGGGCGGAGCGCCCCGCCGCCGAACCGCGAGCUCGACGGCCUCGACGACUUCGACUCCCUCCGCGGCGUCAUGAAGAAGGCCUACCACCUCGCGCCGCUGACGCCGACGGAGGCGAAGCCCUUCGCGGGCGUCCGCUGGCAGCCACUAAACCCAAAACAAUAGGGAUCCCGCAGUUUGUAAAGCCGUCGGAAUCUAAGUCCCGUACAUCAUGUUAG